ACACGCACUCCGACGUGUGAUGCUUAACGAAUUAACGACUAGUCAAAUCCAAAUUAGCAAACGAAAACAAAACUGAAAAUUCUUCAAUUCAACGCACUCUCGAUAAUCGAGACCCUCCCGCAUUAAGCACGCACUUAUCUUUACUGUAUCUUCAAGUAAAGAUCAUCCACUCAUAAUCCAUCCCCUCUAAUUUCUUGAAUUACUAACCGACAAAUUUCACACAGUUGAGUGGGUUUUUGGCGGUUAAUUUCUUGGAUGAUGGGUUGGAGGUAUAGAGCUGGGUUGUGUAUGAUUGGGGCUUUUGUGUUGAUAUGGGUUACUUCUGCAGAAAUUACACAGAAGAUUUUUACCGAAUACAGACAGCCUUUUGCACUCACGUAUCUGUGGAUCUCUCUAAUGGUGGUCUACCUCCCCAUAGCAAUGUGUCGAGAUUUGAUAUACAAAUUACUGGACAAAAAAUGGAUUAAAGAAAUAAUCAGCAUCAAUAAUCUCUCGAGUUCAUUAGCGAGACUCGACGAAACAGAUAACGAUCCAGAAAUAGCUUUGAAGAGCUACCUCAUGACAGAAAUGAGUUUAACCGAAACCGAAGCUGGACAACCACUACUGUUUAAAAAUCAAGAAGAUGAAAACCGUGUUCUUGAAAACCGACACGAGCUUGGCUUGCGGGAAGUAAUCAAAUGCAGCCUUUUUCUUGCUCCAGUAUGGUUUAUUACAGAGUAUUUAUCGAACUCUGCUCUAGCCUAUACGAGUGUUGCAAGCACAACCGUGUUGACUUCAACUUCAGGGCUAUUUACACUUCUCUUCGGAGCACUAAUCGGGGGCGAAUCUGUAAAUACAGCAAAAAUCGCGGCCGUUUUAAUUAGUAUGGCUGGUGUUGCGAUGACUACUUUCGGAAAAACGUGGGCCCCGGAUGAAAUCUUUAGCGUUGCUGAGACAAGACGGCAUUCAAUCACGGGAGAUAUUUUUGGGCUUCUCUCUGCGGUAUUUUAUGGAUUAUUUACAGUGCUGCUUAAACGAUCUGCUGGAUCGGAAGGUGACAAAGUUGACGUACAAAAAUUCUUUGGAUACAUAGGAUUGUUCACUUUGUUUGGUCUAUGGUGGCUUGCAUGGCCACUAAAUGCGCUUGGAAUCGAGCCUGAGUUGAAGUUGCCAAGUUCAGCCUCGAUUACUGAAAUUAUCGUGCUCAAUGGCUUUGUCGGAAGUGUUUUAUCAGAUUAUCUAUGGGCACUUUCUGUGGUGUGGACAACUCCGUUAGUAGCAACGUUAGGCAUGUCGUUGACUAUACCGAUAGCCAUGGUAGCUGAUAUGCUAGUUCACAAACGACAUUAUUCGGUUAUAUAUAUUCUUGGAUGCAUUCAGGUUUUUGCAGGAUUUGUUAUCGCAAAUAUUUCGGACAGGUUUUCGUGUAAAAGAAGAUGAUGGAUCAUUGAGAUUUGACACUCUUCAUUAUACUGUUAGCUGUGUGUAAAAAAGAUUGUAUCUAAUGUGGUCAUACAAUUGUAAAUUGAUAUAGUUUAUACCAUGUUGUUAUAUAUAAGGGCAUCUCCAAAGUGGAGAGUUAAAAACAUGAGUGCUAUAUCUAUUAUAGCUCACCAACAGUGUAAUAGCAACUCAAUUUUUACUAUCUUCUCCAACCAUAUCAUUUAUAUUUUAGCAUUUUAUUAUAUUU